UCUUAUUUUCUACUCUGACCCUGGCAACCUCAACCUGUCUCUCUCGCACCGGACACUUCUGAUUCCCAACAACAUGGACACCCCCACAAUUGACACAGUUCUUUCCAGCGAUACUAUGCAUUACUUUGUCCCAUGCCCUCCUGCACACUUAUCACAUCUCAGAAUCUCCCUCCUACACACUGCUGCAACAUGUCCAUAAACUUGGCAUCUAAAACACCUUAGUGGGUUUGGCACAAAAGCUCUCACAGGAUAACUGACAUAUCCUAACAUGACUUUGUCAAGUAAAGACUCUUCAAAACUCCUAAGGACAGACCGUGUCUUCUCAGUUUCACCAUGCUCGCCACCGCAUCGCGCCAAACGGCAAGCAUCACAGAAAAGAGUAAAGGUCCACUUUGAAAUCCAUUUAACAGUACCCAAAUUAUUAUCUACCUCGCCUGAGACUACAUAUGUGUCAGCCAAAAGGCAGGGAUCCACUUUCUCCAAAAAUGUAACUCCUGCUGGGCCAGAAUUAUCCUGUUCAUGACCAUAUGGGCGAGGCUCAGACUCAAUUCUUCACCACACCUGCCACCGCAGGUAAUUCAUCCUCACUCUCGCCAGGUUCAAUUUCCGAGCCAUCAGAGACAGCAGACUACGGUGCCAUAGCCACGACAGAUAAGAACAAACAGGUGUUGGACAAGCUGCAGGUGGAGCGAGAGCGAGGGAUAACUGUGAAGGCCCAGACAGCCUCCUUGUUCUACAAGUACCAGGGACAGACUUACCUGCUCAACCUCAUUGAUACACCAGGUCAUGUUGACUUCAGUUAUGAAGUGUCUAGAUCCAUCUCAGCGUGUCAAGGUGUACUGUUGAUUGUUGAUGCCAAUCAGGGGAUUCAAGCACAGACUGUGGCUAACUUCUACUUGGCAUUCGAAGCUCAGCUGACCAUCAUUCCUGUCAUCAACAAGAUUGAUUUGAAAAAUGCUGAUCCAGAGAGGGUAGAAAAACAGAUUGAGAAGGUGUUUGAUAUUCCAACUGAAGAAUGUAUUAGGAUUUCUGCCAAACUGGGAACCAAUGUAGAACAAGUCCUCCAAGAGGUGGUGAAACGGUUACCACCACCAACCUUUAAAAAAGAGGACCCGUUCAAAGCCCUGGUGUUUGACUCCAACUUCGAUCACUACAGAGGGGUGGUGGCGAACAUCGCUCUGUUCGGAGGCUAUUUGUCUAAAGGAGACAGGAUCAUAUCUGCGUACCUGGGGAAAAGCUACGAGGUCAACGAGCUAGGCCUCCUCAGGCCAGAUGAGCACCCCACAGACAGAUUGUACGCAGGCCAGGUGGGCUAUGUUAUAGCAGGUAUGAAGGAAGUGAAGGAGGCCCAGAUCGGUGACACCCUCUACCAUCAGAAACAUCUGGUAGAAGCUUUGCCAGGGUUCAAGCCAGCCAAGGCCAUGGUGUUUGCCGGGAUGUACCCUAUGGACCAGUCAGACUACAGCGCCCUCCGCAGUGCUGUGGAGAAACUGACGCUCAACGACUCCAGUGUGACGGUCCAGAGAGACAGCAGUUUGGCACUGGGAGCAGGCUGGAGACUAGGCUUCCUGGGCCUGCUCCACAUGGAGGUGUUUAACCAGCGCUUGGAACAGGAGUACAACGCCUCUGUCAUAGUGACAGCCCCCACUGUGCCCUACAAGGCUAUCCUGUCCUCCGCCAAGCUCAUUAAGGAGCAUGGGAAGGAGGAGAUCACCAUAGUGAACCCAGCCCAGUUCCCAGACAGGUCCGUAGUGAAAGAGUACCUGGAGCCCAUGGUGAUGGGGACCAUCAUCACCCCUGAUGACUACAUUGGGAAAAUCAUGAGUAUCUGCUUGAAUCGCCGAGCCGUCCAGAAGAACAUGGUGUACAUUGACGACCACCGAGUGAUGAUGAAAUAUCUCUUCCCUCUGAAUGAAAUUGUCGUGGACUUCUAUGACCUCCUCAAAUCCAUGUCUUCAGGAUAUGCCAGCUUUGACUAUGAGGAUGCAGGGUACCAGGCUGCUCAUGUGAUCAAGAUGGAUAUUCUGCUGAACGGGAAACCUGUGGAGGAACUCACCACUAUUGUUCACAAAGACCGGGCAUACAGUGCAGGCAAAGCCAUGUGCGAGCGCCUGCAAGACGCCAUACCCAGACAGAUGUUUGAAAUCGCAGUACAAGCAGCCAUCGGCAGCAAAGUCAUCGCCAGGGAGACAAUAAAGGCUUACAAGAAAAAUGUGCUCGCAAAAUGUUACGGAGGUGAUAUAACAAGAAAGAUGAAGCUCCUGAAGAAACAAGCGGAGGGUAAAAAGAAGAUGCGGUAUAUUGGAACCGUGCAAGUCCCCAAGGAUGCCUUCAUCAAUGUUCUGAAGAGGAAAGACAAGUAGAAUAUCAGUAUCCUUAGUUAUUGAAGGUAUUUUUUGUUCAACAAAUUAACAAACAAUAUUGUUAACAAAAUAACUUCAAUGUCCCAUACAUAGACGUCAAAUUUUAACAUUGUUUAUUCUUAUAAUGUAGAUCCCGUUGCCUAUGAAAACAUGUAACGAUUACUCAGUGAAAUACUGUAAGUGCAAGGUGCAAAUACAUCAAUGAUGUAAAUAAUAAAACAAGAUCAAAUGUU